GUCGAUUAUCCAGUAAAGUUCCAUUAUCUGUUACAGGCGUAGGUUACAUAUCGCCGGAGCCGAUGUACCCCGACCGUGGGGACAUAUCGGCGCCGUUGGACGCCGACUUGUCCUUGUCGAAGGACAAACUGCACGCUUCCCCGCGUAAAGAGACGCCCUUGCUGCGGCUCAGAAACGGCGCCCUACAGGCCGGCCUUAAUGACAGACUACAAAAAGUCGUCGCUAAGAGAAUAGAAGUAGACCACCAGCGCAAGACGUCGUCGCUCCAACGCAACGUGGUGUACCCGCUGGCGAUGCUGAUGCUACUAGCGCUUACUACCAUCACCGUGCUCAUGGUGCUGCAGAACACUCUCGAGCUGCUCAUAGGGAUCAAGGCGGUGCCGCUCAGCACACGACAAUUCACACUGGGUAUCGCCUCACUAUCAAAACUAGGCUGGGCGGGCGCGACGCUCGAAGCGUUCCUCAUACUAUACUUGCACGCGGCGUCGCUCACGGGUCUCAGCGCGCCAUUACGUGCAAUGCGCGUGUUGCCGCGCGCGCGCUGCACUCCGCUCGCCCGGAUCAUACCCACGUGCGCGCUGUUACUCGCGCACUCUACUGCGCAGCCGCUGCUUGUCAAGAUAUUAGGUAUAACAAAUUUCGAUUUGCUCGGCGAAUUCGGGCGCAUCGAGUGGCUAGGCAACUUCAAGCUAGUGUUGCUAUACAACGCGAUAUUCGCAGCCACUGUCACCCUUUGCCUCGUCAGCAAGUUCACGGCGAGCGUUCGCCGCGAACUAUACAACAGAUUCAAGUGGGUAGCCAAUAUAUUCACUAUGCCUGAAGAAAACCAAACACCGAAUCUAAGUCUGAUGACUAGCAGAUUGUCUACUGAGAAAACUGUGAAAGUCGAAGCUAAGACGCAAGCAGGAGAUAUCUCAGAACAUGUGAAAUCAGAGUAAUCAAUACAAGAAAUUCUUAAGUCAGUUUAGUUCCUAGUUUGUACAAUGGAAUCAAAAGUCCACACAAGCUCUCUAACUGUACUGAUGAUAAGAUAUUUAAAUAAUAAAUACCAAAAGCAAUGUUAAGAUUCAAAAAUGAUUCCUUAUCUGUGAUGCUUGUUUUAAUGUUAAUUCAUAAGUAUUAAGUGUAUGAUUUUGUAAAUGUUUUAUUGAUAAAGAUGUCUAUGAUAUUGUAAGAUUUUUAUUAUUUGUAAAUAACAACAAAUUAAACUUGAUCUAUACUUUGAUUGUUAGUUUCACUCAGAGUGGUUACAGUCAUGUAGUGUUUACCGCAUCUUCUGCCUUCUGCCUUUAUAAUAAGUCUUCUAGUGUUAUUUCUGACUGCUUCUAAACUCUCAUUACUGUUAAGUCCUAAAAUGAAACCCAGGUUUAUAACAUCAUGUACAUCCCUGACAUGCAUGUCAUUUUCAGCAGCACUGGUAAUAAUUAUGUUUUUAGAUUUCCCAACCGCGUGAUAGAUGUGAGCUGUGCUUAUAAUAUUUUUCCUACAAGUAGUGUCUCUUAUAGCAGGCGAAUACAUUAAUUCAAAGAACACGUCCCUUUCCACAGCUUGUCUGUACAGCUUUCUGCUCACUUUGAAGGAGAUCCGUGACUCAGGUUCAAACGUUAUUAUAUCUACAUCCAUGGUUCCAGACGCAUAUUGGAAUGCUUGCAAAGUUUUGGGAACUACUGCCACAAUAUCAUACUUCUUGAUAUUUUCUGAAUUAUUUAUUUUGUGUGUGAUACCUGAAUCUGAAAAGUGUAUUGUGAUUCUUUGUAGAAUAUUGAGUUUAGUCUUAUCAGUUAUUUCCUUGGGUAUUUCUAUUGGUGCAGGUAUAAAAUCUUUUUUCUCUUUCACUUCACCCUUCUUUUUCUUCUUUUUUGGCUCUUCACUUGCUUCCUCUACUACUGUAUUGAUGGCGAUAGUAUUGUACCCAAAUUUUUCCAUUACAUGUAGCUUUGAUAGGUCAAAGCUUUUGUCGAGUGAUAAGUCACAAAACCCCCAAUUUCGAUUAGCCAUAUUU